AUGUUUGUAGGAUUUAGGUUCCACCCCCGUUUUCGCUCGUCACUUCUGGCAAAUGCCCAGGCCCUUCAUGCACCUGGUGUUCCAUCCACAGAGGAGUUGGAAGCCCUGGUCAGGGAGCUGAAACAGGCCAGAGAACUCACGCAGAAUCGCAUUGACAAGGCAGAAGCUGAUUUGGACACCGUGUACACUUUGCGUGCUAAACAUGAACAAGCGAAAGAACAAGAUAAGGCAAACCGCGAAAGUAUUGCACGUGAGCGACUCAAGGCGAAAAAGGAUGGGGGAAUUGGCAAGAUAAAGCGCGAAGCCAGCGAAACACCUUCCCUGGAGGAGGGACCAUUAGCGGUUCAUGAUUCCAAAUUGCGCACAACCGGUGGCGCCACUCGAAAACAUGCACAGGAAGAAAAGAAUAAGAAGAAGCGGAAGAGGGAAGAGCGCAAGGAGCGUGAUCGAACCAUUGAUGAGGGAGAAUCUGAUGUCUUCGAUGUUGGACGAGCAAGUCCAUCGGGAACACCUUUAAUUGAUCGACCAACAAAAAAGGCGAAGCAUGUCCCUCAGACCGCACAACUCACAAUCCCCCAGCCACCAUCACCACCCCCAGGACCACCCGUGGAUCCCGACGUUUGUAUAGACUGGGAAUUGGUUAAACCGGCUACAGCUUCUCCACAGCCAAGUUUAGGUCUAUGGGGACCGAACGGGCUACUGCACAGCACGCCGUCUAAACAGGCAGAUGUCAACGAUGACUUCUCGGAGGCGAAACAACCUUCUAACCCGAUUCAGAUUGGGCCAUUCUGGAAGGAGGUUGAUAGUUGGAUGAGGCCCGUGGGGGAGGAAGAUGUCGCGUGGGUUAGCUACCAGACAGACGAUUCGGAAUCCUUCAAGGUACCACCUCUGGGGAGGCACUACUCAGAAACCUGGGAAGAACAGGACCAGCUCCUUGCUGCGCAGCAUCAAGCCCUUUUUCAUGGUGACGGGACAUCAUUGCCUCCCCUGACCCCGACUAGUGGCCAUAUCAAUGGGAUCCUAGCCAAUGCAGCGAGUCUAAAUCCUCUCACGGCUGCGGGCAAAAACCCCCCGGUGCCCGAGCCUUUAAAUGACAAAGAUCUCUCUAUGCAGAAGAAGACCCUCGGCCCUUUCACCGAACGAGUCAUCAGUGCAUUACUGGGAACACCUGGGCACCCCGUUCCACCUACUGCUGAUGCUGAGCCGCACGGAGUAGGACCUUCGUCUGCACUUACUAUUCCGCUUGCCCCUGUUUCCUUUUCCGACAUGGAAACUAGACUUAAACUCGAGCUUAGGGCCUGCGGUCUGAUAGGGGUUGAUGAGCCUGAUUUCUCUCAAUCUUACGACGAUGAAGUUUCUGGCGAGCUGCGGCGUCUCCAGUCCGAGCUGCGGGUCGUAAAACGGAUGAAUGACGCUCGAAAAGAACGGCUAGCUGGCGUUGCAACUGAUAGGCUGGCGUAUCAGGAUUACGUCGAGAUGGUAGAUGACCUGAAUAAGCAGAUAACGUCAGGCUAUCAACGGAUAAUAAAGGCCCAACAGCGAAACAUUGCUGGAGGAAAGAAGAAAAAGGGACCUGGCCAGAAAGAUUCCGAUGCCGCUGCGGAAGCCGCGAAGGCUAAACACUUGGUAAUUGAAGUUCCGGAGCCUUUACAGAAGGUCAUUGAAGUCCGGAACCAGUUCAAGGAGGUCUUCGGGAAGGCGAUGAUCGAGUGGGAGAAAAAGCAGCCCGGUCGAAUCAUGGGCUUUCCAUUGACCUCCAAUUAUGAAGACCUUAAGAACCUCUCACUUGAAUCCGAUAACGAGGAUGACACUAUGCAGAGCAGCGUGGAUCCGUUCCCCUCAUGACCACAUAUACCCCACUCUAGCACCCAGCUGUAUUUUAUACAUUACAUUAUCACUGCCAUUGUACUUGUAAUAAUUGCUACCGUUAUCAUAGAAACCAGAAAGCAGUCGAAAGUGAAGGAAAUGCCAUUGGAUUAGUCGAUGCUUUUCCUGUGCUUCCUCUUGCUCUUGGGUUUGGGAGGUGAUGAACUCUGUCCCUCCUCUUCAUGUUUAUGCUUCCGCUUCUUUUUCGACUUGUGGGGCGAAUCUUCCACAGGAGGGCUUCCUCCAUCGAGUUUCCUUACGGGCGCCAAUGAGCCGAUUGGGUAGAACUGGUGCUUUAACAAUUCUGUGGGUUGAACAGGCUUUUCUGAUGCUUGGAUGGACGGGGACACAGAAUUUCCUUCUGCACUCAUUGG